CUACCUUGUGUCAAAGGUUGGAAAGCCGGUGGGAUGUCUCUGGAAGUCAAGAAAGUCCACACAGUAGAAGGGCAAUUAUGUAAAACAGAUACAUAGACUGAGUACAAAUAAUUAGUUUUAGUGAAUUCUCUUCAAACAAACUGCCUUCUUCAGGACGCACGCGCCGCUCGCUGAUUUCUAAGACUGGAAUAAUCAUCCCUGAAAGUCUGCUUGUGUGCAACAUUUAACAUCUGCUGAGAUGAAAUGCCAGUCCCUGAUGCCAGCUGAAGCGUGAUGCAUCCAGAGGGGCGCAGAGCAGGCCGUGCCCUGCAGAGACCUCGAGCAGAUUUAGCCCCUUGGGGCACUCUGAGCACCGGCCUUCUGCAGGGCCUCAUCCAGAACGCCAGGCCUCGUUCCUUCUGCUUCCUUCUCCCCAGGGUGCAUGCAGCUGAUGUGGCUGCUUCCCAGCCGACACAGAUGCCCUCUUUUUCCCCCUCCUCCCCCUCUACCAGCUCAUCUCCUGCACCCCUCCCCUCUUCCAGCACCCUGCCAAGCAACGUGGGCAAGCCAGAGUUCCCAGACACAGGAUGGGAACGCAUCAAGGACCUCUUUGACAGAGAAGCGACACAUAAAUACCCAGAGGAGCUGACCAACGUGAUGAAGGGCGGCCUUGUGGCCGCACUCGCCGGCCUGAUCUACGGCGGCCUGCCAGCAGCUCGCCACGCCAGGGAGAGGUAUAUCCAGAGUAGCCAGGCGGAAAUCUACACGAGCAGAGUGGACGCAGUGCGCUCUGCUCACAACGCAGCGAUCCGGGGCUUUGUCAGAUACGGCUGGAGAUGGAGCUGGAGAGUGGCUGCUUUUGUCACCUUGUUCAAUUCUGUUAGCACAGGACUUUCUGUGUACCGAGACAAGAACGCCAUCAGUCAUUACGCCGCUGCUGGAGCUGUGACUGGAGGACUCUUCAGGCUGAACCUGGGUCUGGGAGGUCUGGUGGCAGGGACGAUCAUCGGGGCAGUGCUGGGGAUUCCCAGCGGUGCAUUGAUCCUCAGCAUGCAGUCGUUGGGAGGAGAAAGCGCCAUAGAGAGGAGGAGGAGGGAGCGCAGUGAGCUCUAUGAUCUCAGACUAGCAGAAUGGAAAGCUCGUCUGCAGUUGACAGAUGAGCUGAUUGGAGAUCUGAAUACCAGCUCUCAGGCGGAGGAAACCAGUAAGGACAUGCAAAGGAUCCAGGAACUGCUGAGUUCAGCACCGAACGAGGACCUGAUCCAGGACUCAGGUCACUGACCCUGUGAUGUGUUGGACGUUACAGGUGGGACUUCACACAGCUUUGAGGAUUAAUAAAAGGCUCUCUUUAUUUUCACCUGGACUCCUUCUCUGGAUCUGUUUCACAUCACAAUGAAAGGACAAACUCCUGACUGAGUGCUCUGGAGCCCAGUAGACAUUUCACUGGUACAAUGUUUCUGUAUUUUGUCUUUGUGAGGACAUAUCAUGCUUAAAGAGGUGGGGAGUAUGAAACUUCAAAAUGUAAGCUUUAGGUUCUCUUGAGUGUAUGAAAUGCUGGAUGUCAAUUAUGGUUCUCACAAGUGUGUGUGUGUGUGUGUCACAUGGUCUCACAUUUGGCUGUUUACUUUCUCACCUUUUUGAAUUCCUGUUUUAUUGCACACAGUUAAAAAAAAAAGUCUUUAUUUAUAUUUAAUUCUCCAACAUUAUGAAGUUAAAGUGCAGCGUCAGAUUUGAAACAAAGUGAGAAAGAAAGCUUAUGGGCUUAGAUUUACCAGUAUCCACACGUAGUGAGAAAAUCUGUGAUAGUCAUAAUCAGUCAUGAUACACCUCAAUCACACUUCAUCAACUGAAAGAAAGAGUCUUCAGAUUCAGCAUAACCCCUCCUCCUUUUUUGAGUCGUUCCAGUCUGGAAUAAAUCUGAAUAAAACAUGUGAACAAGUA